AUGGUGAAACGCAGAAGAAUUCAAAGUAAUGAGAGUAGUCAAGAUGAGGAAGGGGACAUCCCCCAACUCAUCAGCAGUAAAGACACCGCCAACGAGGGUGUGGAUAGAGGCCUAAAUGAGGCUGGUGAAAUCACACCUAGACGCAGAAAAUCCAAAAAAGGAACUGUGUCGACAUGGGGAGACGUCGAAAAAUCUCGCCUUGAAAUUUGCUUAAAGCAUAUUUCUUGCAGGCUAAGAAGAUUUAGUAGAGGUUGCAAGACCCUCGUUAGUUGGACCCUCAUAAGUGAGGAAGAGUGUAAGCUAAUAGCCGAUGCUGUUAAAGACAAAAAAGUCACAGCGACAACUUUCAAGGAAUGUAUAAAUACAUACCUACAAAAUGAAAGAGAAGGCUAUAUUGCAAAUCUCAGGGAACUCUCACCCAAAGCGAGCAGACGCGAUAAAGUGGAAGUGCAGAGGAGGAUAGAAGCAGACUAUCCGACCAAUACCAGAGAUUUGCUGGACGAAAUUCACAAAGAAUGUCCAACCGAAACCGCUACAUGUAGAGAUGUAGUAACCACACGUAAAAAUGUGGAAAGACCUAGAAGUGGACCUAUGACAACCACGAAACCUAGGCACACACCUGAAAAUAACCCUGAUUCGAAUAGAUUAAAACAGGUUAAUUUCAAAAGACGAAGGGAUAGUCCCAAAAAUGGGAGAACCCUUGUCAAUUCACAAAAAAGGUCUGGCUUUCAAGAAGAAAGUCCUAGGCAACCACCUGCCAAAAAAGGCAAGUGUAAAAUAAACCCAACAUCAUCAACGUUGCGAACUGAUGAUAUAAAGGAACAGCCGAUAACAAGUGUUAACGGUACGCAACAUAUAUCCAACCGACAAACAGUCGUACUAGUGGAAACACUAGGAACAGCAGAACUGACAUCACAGAGUGAUGUAGAAGUCGAACAUCCUAGUAGCGCAGAUGCUACACCUAAGAAAAGGGUAUAUAAGUCUAGGAAACAUGUUCAGGAAAGUACCUUAUCUUCACAAGACAAAGUAAACCUACGUCAGAAGAUAAGGGAAGGUACUCCAUAUGGUCAGGAGAUACCAACAAAUGAAAAACCAAAGAGAAAAAGAGCUCUUGAAGGUUUAUCAUGUCCUGAACGCUUUAAGCAUUUCCUAGACCAACCCAAUUUGCCAACGUGCAAGAGAUGGAACGUCAAUAGGAAAAUACCUAUAGACGAAAUAAACCAUCUCGGCUUCAAUAUAUUGAGGAAAUAUAUUGAUACACUAAAAUCUCCAGAUUGCACACAGCAGCAAUACGAGAUAGUGAACGUUGCGUGGCCCAAAGUGGCAUUAGCAAUGAUGCACACGGCAAAGUCGUACGGACAUACGACACCUAAUGGCUUUGAUAUAACGCAGUCAAAGAUAACCAAAAGGAAAAAAAGGAUGAUAAGACUUCAGAAACGACUAACCGGUGCUUGGAAACAUAGACUCAAUCCAAGUGGCAAAGAUAAAGCGUUGCUAGCUAAAAUGAGAGUCGAAGCAAAGGGAAAGCACAUGAACGUGAAGGGUCUCUUAGAUAGAGUAAAGGAAGAAAUAAUUCUCCUUGAAAAUAAAGAGAAAAGGGAAGCGGACAAAGCAGAAGGUCGUAGAAUACGCAGUAUUUACGACAAGUCAGGCUCCAUGAAAACUGUACUGCAAGCUGGAAUGGCCAAAAAGGUUCCGGUCAAAGAGGAGGAGGCAGUUAAGUUCUUUAAGGAAUUACUAGCCCAUAAAGAAACACCUCCACAGCUUGCUAUCGAUGAGUGGGUUAAGCCUUGGACAGGAAGGCCAAUAACACACGACAUUGACCAUAUAGAAGAGUUUUUAAGGUUCAAACUCAAGUACAGCCGACCGUUCAAAACGCCCGGACCAAACAAAGUCCACCCCGCAGCUUUCAAACGAUUUGAUUCUCUAGCUAGCUUACUAUUGGAAAAGGUAAAAGGUUUGUUAUCAGGCAAAUUUAUGCUAACUGAUCAGGACAUGACAGCCCAAGCAUUUCUUUUACCUAAGACAGUUCCGCCGAGUAGCGACCCAAACGACUACAGAGCGAUAAACUGCAUUAAUGCAGAUAUGAAAUACGUAAAUGCUGUAACGUAUGAAUUCAUAUAUAAAAACUGUUUCCAAUAUAUAGCCACAAAUCAGUGUGCAGCGUUCAAGGGAAUACCUGGAACACUACACGCCACGAUGGUAAAUUACUCCAUCUUGAAACAGAACCCAAAAGCUACCAGCGUAUUGUAUGUAGAUAUGAAAAAAGCUUUCGACUCAGUAUCCCACUCAGCCAUGAGGAAAGCUGUGGGAGCAUUGAAUCUACCAGCUAGUAUCACAAAAUACAUCCAAGGUAUGCUAGGGUCAGGAGGUUUCACCAUAUCCAAUGUGGAUAAGACAAAAAGCAUGAAAGACAAGAGGGUAAACGUAAAGAGGGGAAUCAUGCAAGGUUGUGCAUUAGCACCCUGUCUAUUCGUCAUUGGUAUGGAUAUAAUUAGCUAUCAGCUAAAUAAAGAGUCUAUGUUACCAAUAGGUAAGAACAUCAAUAGCUUACCAACUGAUUACAUGGUCCAACUCAACCAUAAGUUCCAAAAUGAGUCAAGUAUAGGACAUGAGGAAGGAGAAACGGUUGCUGAUACUCCUGACUCUAAACACUUAACAAAGAGGUCAGAAACAGCUAUGACCAACCACAUAUCUUUCGUUGAUGACGUGAAGAUCUUUGCUAAGGAUAAUGCAACAAUCAAAAGACUCAAAGGCAUUUUUGAAUCGGUUGCCCUUCAGCUAGGUCUUCACGUAAACGCAAAGAAAUGUGGAGUCCUAUACAACAAUAAGUCAGAUAACGUAAUGUUAGAAGACAUUAGUGAAUUGACAGACUGCUACAAAUACUUAGGUAUACCUGAGUUAGGUAGAAGCAUAUGUGUAGAAACGCUAGAAAAGAGUUUGGAAAAGAAAAUACUAGGCAGCGUAUGCCAAGUGUUUAAAACCAAAUUAAAUAUAGGCCAAAAAAUAAAAUGGUUUAACUCUUCAAUAGCACCUGCAAUCGGGUAUGCAGUAGCACAUGCACUACCGGCGGUCAAGCAAGGAAUACUACCUAGCUUGUGUAAAAGACUAGACAAGCUAGUGAUAAAGAUCCUUGCAGGUAAUAUAACUGACAGUGAACAAAUAGAAGUAAGGCAACAGACAACUUCUAUCGCAAGACUGUAUUGCACACCAGAGAAAGGUGGUCUAGGCUUAAGAUCACUAGAAAGCGUAGCUUAUGAAGCCAUAGUAAGACACAUGGCGAACCUCUGGAUUAAUCCUAUAAACGAAGUGAUUAAAGGAUUAAGCAUACAGCAUGAACUUAAAGGAGGAAAGUCCACUCCAAUAAGGCAGUUCACAACACUAAUGAAAAAGUUCAAUAUUGAACAUUCAUUAGGAAAGUCAGGAAUUACCAUAGAAGGUGUGUAUCAUGAUGAUGUAAAUGAGUUCACAAAAAUCAUAAGUGGUAAGAUAAAAGACAUUCUUAACCAGAGAUACUAUGAUAAGUGGAUCAAAAAGAUUGAAUUCGCUAAGGCAUACGAUAGCCUUAAUCUAAAGAUGCCAUGGCUUAAAAAAGCCGCGAUAUCGGACUUACAAGCGAAUCUCAUUACAGCAUCACAACAACAGUCUUUACCAGGAUUGAAUUGGCACAUAAAUAAAAGGAAUAACAUUAUUAAAAAAUGUCCUUUAUGCCAAAAAGAGCUCACAACCAGCCAUAUACUAAGCGGCUGUGAGAGUAAUCAUGCACGAAUCAAGUAUAUAACCAGGCAUGAUGCAAUAUUAGCAUCGGUUACAAAUAGCAUAUUAAAGGCAAUAGGUACAAAAUAUAUGCCGUUAUGCGAAUUGAGAAACUUGAAAGAGUGCAACAUGAUUGGUAAAGACUGGUCAAUCGGUUUCGAUUUACCUCAACUUAUGGAAGUCGGACAGGCUAGAGAACAAUAUGAACAAGUCUUCGAACCCUUAGAUGAUCGCAGAAGAUCAGUUAAGAAGAUAGCUCAUAAUAGACCUGACUUAGUCCUGGUUAACCAUAAGUUGAAAAAGGUAAUACUGCUAGAAGUAGCAGUAGUUGGCAACCCAUGGCUUCUUCAACAGCAAGUUGAAAUAAAGCGAGUAAGGUAUAUGGUGAACUCGCAAGAAGUGAUCGGCCCUGAUAAUUAUCAAAUAGUAAAUAGGGCAUAUAAUAUGAACGAUCACUUCAAAAAGAAGUACGGUAAAGACUAUCAAAUUAGUUUUAUACCUUUUAUAAUGGGCGCAUAUGGUGAAAUAAGUCCAGGUUUUAUGGAAGACCUCAUGAAACCACUAGAAGUGUUGAUGAGGAAGCAACACAUCAAGGCCAUGACAGAGAAUGCAAGCAGAACUGCUGUCGUGAAUACAGCUUACACAGUAAGGUAUUGGUUAAGUAUGUUACAAGGAUAA